AUGAUCACAGGUGGGACAUCGGGCAUCGGAUUCGCUAUCGCCGAAAGAUUCCUACAGGAAGGGGCAUCAUCAAUUGUCCUAGUGGGAAGAACUCAAACACGUCUCCAAGAAGCAGCUACCAGACUAGCCUCCUUAACUGGUACAUCGGCUGGUCUUGAUGAAAGCAACGGCAUAGUUGCAACACGCGCCCCAGAGGAGGACAUCCAGCAAAGCACGCCAGAAAAGAUCCGUCUUCUUGUUGGAGAUGUUUCAGAAGCAGGAGGAUCAUGGGUGCGGGAACUCGAGAAGGAAAUGGCGAAUGUAGACAUCCUAGUCAACGCAGCCGGAAUCUCCAUAUCAAACAUCUUGCCCAGGUCCGAGCUGGAGGAUAUCUCCAAGACAUUGCGCACAAACCUCGAAGGCGCAAUGAUCACCUCACGAGCAUUAAUGCGCGCCUCGAUUCGCAACCGGAUGCGCAAUCGAAAUGAUCCAGCUGCCGGGAACAGACCUUCAAAGUGCAUUAUUAACGUUUCUUCGUUGCUAGCCAUCAAGGGUGGAACUGGUGCGGUUCCGUAUGCGGCCUCUAAGGCUGGUCUGUUGGGGUUGACUCGGUCUUUGGCUGUUGAGGCGUCGGCUUCAUUGAAGGAUAUUGUGAUUCGGUCGAAUGCGAUUGUGCCGGGUUAUAUUGAAACGCCCAUGAUUGCAGGUAUGCUGGUGCUAUUCUUCAUUCUUUGGGAGCUUGCUUACGUUGAUGUAGAUUUCACACCUGGAGAAAUGAGCAGGCUGAAGGAUCUCAUUCCUCUUCAUCGAUUUGGAGAUCCGCGCGAGAUUGCCGAUGCUGCUGUUUUCUUGGCGCAGAAUGAAUAUGCGAAUAAUUGUGUGCUUAAUAUCGAUGGUGGUUUGAGUGCUGUUUAG